UAAAAUGAAAAGGCUGCACGGAAAAAAUGAAAAGGCUGCACGGAAAACUACAGAAUGGCGGUUUCUGUCGUGAAAAUCCAAAGCAUAUUGGCUCAAACUCCUUAAUCAUCAGCAAGCUACAGCAACCCACUUCCAUUUAUUCAUUUUUCUAGUGUUUUUGAACGGAACCGUGAACCUUUUCUCGUUCUGUUGUAACUGGAGUUUAUUUAUUCUGCAUGUAAUAAAAUGGCACCAGGGAGAGUUCAAAGAGACUUAAUAGGUCCUCUUUUAGCAGUGAAUUUAAUUGUUCAUCUUAUUGUUCUUGGUCUUGCUGGUUGGUCUCUUGAUAAAUACAUCGAUGGUCAACAGGAUCACCCACAUUUAGGUGGGAAUCCAUCAACAAGCUUUAUGUUGGUAUAUGCUUUGAUAGCUGGGGUGAUUGGUGCUAGCUCUGUGCUAAUUGGGAUUCUGCACUUUCGUUCUUGGAGGAGUGAUAGUUUGGCCUCUGCUACUUCUUUAGCUAUAAAUUCUUGGGCUAUUGCUGCUCUUGCUUUUGGACUUGUGUGCCAGCAAAUCAUAUUAGGAGGGCAUAGAGGAAAACGCCUGAAAACAUUGGAAGCACUGAUCACGGUAUCAUUCCUCAGCCAGUUGUUGUAUCUGUUACUCCUUCAUGCUGGGAUGUUCAAUCCCCGAUAUGGACCUGGUUUUCAUAACCAUGAGUGUGACCGUGGUCCUGGCAUUGCCAGGAGCAUUGAACCCCAGACUGCUAACACCUCUGCAGUCAUCUGAUAACAAACUUUUGUACAUAUCUCUGUAAAGGUACAUUAAUUUUGCUGAUUGCUGCCUGUUAAUUUUCUCUGGAUAAA